AUGGGAUUGAUAAGCAUGCCUGAAGAUAAGAAUAAAAACCUAGCAUAGACAUUCAGGGCUCAGUAAUAAAAGAUAAUAGAUGAGGGAAUACCAAGCCUUAAAAUAGAUGCAAAGAGAGUAGAAUUUGAAAGUCAAAAUAGAUAGAGUUAAAAUAGGAUUGAUGUUACUCAUAAUGUGGGAUAUCAAACUGAACGAUAGCAUCCAUAGCCUCCUCAAAUGAUUGUUAAAUCUUCAUCAAUGGCUAGUUUACAAAAGGUUGGAUUUCAUAUUAAACUUCCCUAAAUUACUGUAAAUGAUUAUUCAAAGGAAUUAGUUACCAUUAGAGAUUAAUUAAAGAGCAGAGAGGACUUACUAAAAAAGCAAGACCAGACAUACUAUAUUUUUAAGCAUGGGAUGCUAACGUCAAGAAAAAAUUCUCCAGAGUAAACUAAAGGGUUCCAAAGUGGCAUUAUUACAAGAUAUGAUGAACCCCUAAUCAUUAACUCUGAUUCAAAUUCUAUAAGAUAGCCACCCUUAAGCAUGAAAAGGAAUGAGUAGUUUAUGAGCAGAUAGCCCAAAGGAGGAUAAACAGAUAGUGGAAAUAAAGCUGACUCUUUAGAAAAAUAAAUAAAGAGUCCAGAUCGAAUAAAAAGAAUUGAUAAUACAUCACCUGAAAAUUUCCCAAAAAGAAAAAACAAGCCUAUUAUAUUUGAAAAAUUAACUUCUGAUUAAGGAACUUCAAAGAUGAUGACUGAAUCUGAUAAAUUGUAAGAUAAUAGUGCCUCAAAGAUUUCUAAUACUAUGAGUCUGGCAUAAAAUUUGAAUCCAACAGACACGUCGCAUAUCUUGGCAAUAGACGCUGAAAAUAUAUUAAAUGGUAAAUAGCCACAAAUUGGAUAAAAACGAAGAGUUUUUUCAAAUCAAAGGUUAUAAUAGGAAGUCUUAAGGCCACUUAUGCAAGACUCAUUAAGAGAAAUGUAGUCAAUUAGAAUUCCAAAGCUAUAAGGAACAAUUGGUUCUGAUGUGAAUACAAGUCACAUUAAGAAUGAGCCACCGCAGCCAGCAUCUGAAUAGCAAAGCUAACUUGAUCUUUCUGGCUAGUUGAAUACAGUAAAUUCUACUAUUAUCAUAAAAGUAUCCAAUCCUACUUAACUUGUAGAUGUCAAACAUUUUUGUCAUUAAAUAAAAACAAAUGAUCUUAUGAUUUAGAGUCAUGCAACGAAACUCUUCAAUCACAACGAGCAAAAGCAAAGAAGUUAAUAGGUCUAAAUUUAGUAUAUAAAUCCAAAUUAAAAACCUAAUUCAAGUUUGGAAUAAGUAUCAACAGAGCCUAACUCCAAGAUUAUCAAUGAAUAAUCAAUUGAGGAAGACAAAGAUGACAUUGAAAAUUAUCAAAGAUCUUAGGAACAACCUCAUUUCGUUGCUACUAAGAAUCAGAUGAAUGUGGAUAAUAUCACGUACAUUGAAAACUUCUUUAACUUUAAAGUAGAUCCUGAGGACUUACUUUCAUACUUUGAUGAAAAUUAGUUAGAUGUUGAGGCACUAUCAAAAGAUGAAUUAAAGAAAGUGCUUUUAGAUUAUAUUAAGCAAAGAUAAGAAGAGAAAUAAAGAAAUAAAAUAGAGGAAAAGUAAAGAUAGGUUUAGUAAAUCAGAGACUAAAAUAGGCAUUAGAAAUUUAUAAAAGAAGAGAUGGCAAAAUUGAAGAUAAAAUAGCAAAAAGAGUAGAAAAAUGCUAAAGAAAUAGAAAUAUUCGAAGAAAUUUUUAAAAAGUACACUAUUGAGCAAUAAAGAGUUUAAGAAACAUAAGAUAUUAAGAAAUAAGAAAAGUUGGAGCAAAAGUAAAAAAGUAAAAAGACCUAGCCAUAGCUACAUUUCUAAUAAAUAAAGGAAGAGUAGGACUAAAUACAUAAGAAGCAGAUUGAAAAUUAUGUUAAAGAGAAUAUUUUAUAAAAAUGGAUAUUUAGAAAGCUCAAUCAAUGCAUCGAUUUGCUAGAUAAAGGGAUGGAUAAAGUAGAUGCUCUUAGUAAAGUUUGUCCAGAAGGUACUUUCAUGGAAAUUUAGAAAAAUUCUUAUUAGUGGAAAAAUAACAAGGUUAAGAAGUAAAAGAAGGUUUAGAAGUACUAAAUGAAAGAAGAAAGCUAUGGCUAUAAUCAAAAUAAUAACUAAAACAUUUAGAAUGGAUAAGAUUAGGAUAACAGGCCAGGCUCUUAGUAUUAAAGUAACAACGAUAUCAAUAUAGUUCUGAAGAUAGGUCCUUAAAAUUAAUUGAAAAAUAGGGGAAAGUCACCAAAUACAUUACAAAAAGAUGCUCUUAAUUUUUCAUAAGAAGAUGGGACAUCUACACUUAAUUAAAGAAAUGAUAGUAAAGGUAAUUCCUAAGAAGGUGACAGGUAUUCAGAUAGAGGUGGGAAAUUAAAUAACAAAAGUUAGUUCAAAACCGGCUCAAGAGGGGCUAGAUAAAGGAAAAAUGGAAAGAUAGUUAUUAAUGAUAACGGACAAAAGGAUUUGAAUGAAAAUGGAAUUAGUAGACCGAAUUCAGUAUCUGAUUCAUUGUAGGGGUCAAGAGAACAAAAAAGGCAGAAUGGUGGUGACAAUAUAAAUAUAACUAGAUCACAAAAAUAAAACGCUAAUACAAAAAGAGUAAUUCAAAAACUACUUCCAAACCAAAGUUAGUAGUAGUUAAACCUAUAAAAAGCUUAAUCUGAAUCGCAUAACAAAGAUGAUGGAAUAGAUUUAAGCCAAAUACCAUCUAUGAGUUAAUCUAAUAGUUAACAAUUUUAAAGUUUCGCAACUGAAAAAUCAUUAUUAGCACUUUAAUAGUAGUCAUCACUAAACGAAGGAUAAAAUAAAGGGAAAGCUGGGAAUACUGGAGGAUAGAAUAGUAAUAAGCUAAAUCAAAAGGAUUUGACAGUUAAAACUGACAGAAGAUUAAAUUAAAAUCUAAAAAAUGAGAGAGAUAUUAUUAUGGAGCAUGAUCUUGAGUAAAGUAUAGAGGAUAAAAGUGACUUAGCUGGUGGUUUGGGAGGCUCAGCAGACUAAUCAGAAAUGAAGAGUAUGGCACUGUUUAGAAAUAAUGAUGACCUAAUUAGAACCGAAGAUCAAAGUCCAAGUAAAGGUUCAGAUAGUAAUAGAAAAUUACCUUAAAGGUAAAAAAAUAAUAAUAAAGGAGGUGUUGGAGUUGAUUCUGAAAACAAUUAUACACAAAACAGCAACAAUUAGCAAGAGAAGCAGAGUUUCGAAUCUAUGAAUUCUAAUAAUUUACAGAUGAACAAUGGAGAAUUUAAAAGUCCAUUUUAAAAUGAAAAAAUAAGAGUUAACUACAACAGAGAUGGUGAAAUUUUAUCACCUAUUUAAGGAGGAGAAAACAGAGUAAACUUAACUGAGGAAGAUGAAAAUAUAUCUAAUUAUUCAAAUAGGAGUAUUGGCAGGAAAGAUAUAAAAUCUAGAGAUGCUAUUAUGAUGAAUAAAUAUAAAGAAAAGUAGGCUUAAUCGUCUAGAAAUUAAGAUAUGAAACCUUCAAAUCUAAAAGAUAGACUCUCAAAAUCUCUUAACAAAAAGAUCAAUGAACAGCAAUCAGAAUAAAGUAAUGAUUAGACCAAGUCAAAUAUUCCAGGACAAUCAUCUAAAGAGAGUAAUAGAACUGAAGUUGAAAGUACUAUCAAAACAGGAGGCACUGGGUCAGUAAUGAAAAUAUUAGCAUAAGGAGUAAGAAAAACUACUAAGAAAGGAAAAAAUGAAUCAGUGCAAGGAAGUGAUUCAAAGAGAAAAAGUGCUCUAUCAUAAAUUAAAGAUGUAGGGGAGAAUACACCAAAGAAUGGAUUAUCAAAAAAGAGCACUUUUAAAGUAGCUAAGGUCGGUACUAAUAAGUUACAGCAAAAUAAGUUGGAAGCCGAUACACUAAAAAGACAGAAUAGUAUUGAGGAAAGAAUAAGUGAAGAUAGUAGAGAUGAUAUAAGAAUUGACAUUUCCGAAAAAGAGGUUAAUACAGUUAAGGAUAAUUGCUUCUCAUUAAUAUCAGAAAAAUUAUUUGACUUAUCACCUAGAGAUAGAAUUGAAAAUAUCAAGAUUGCAGCUACCUUAGAAUUACUAGACUAUGAUAAGAUAGUUAGUAUUGGAUUACAGUAUAAUGAAAGAAGAAACAACUAUGAAGAGAUGAUUGAUAAAAUUAAGGCUUAUCUGAGAGGGCAUGAGAAAUAAAAUGCUGGAAUCAAAAUCAAUCAAAAGACUUUUAACGAUCUGAAGAAAAGAUUAAUGCCUGAUCCAAAUAUUUCUCCUAUAGAUUUUAUUAAUGUUUUGAAAACUGGUGUUUAAUCCAGGAGAGACAGCAAAUCAACCAGAAAUACAUUUUAAGACUAAGUAGAAUCUCUAGUCAGGAAAUCUAUCAAGGACAUGAAUGAUCCUGCUUAGGAAGAAAAAAUGGAAGAUAAUCAAAUUUAAGAACUUAAUAGAAUCAAGUGUGAUGAAAUUCUUUCUAAUAUCUUUGAUUAAGAUUAAGAUUUCAAGUAUUUCAAGGGAAGGCUUAAGGAAUAUAGAAUGAAAUUUGGGCAAUAAACUUAAUUUGUUGAGAGUGUGAAUGAUGUUGAAGAUUAAGAUAGAAGAGACUAUGCAACAUUUGAUAGACUUGAAGCUUAUAAGAAGCAUCAUGAUAAAAUGAAAGAGGUUUCUCAGAAAGUUAAGAAAUUUGAGAACACUAAAGGAUUUAUUAAAGAUGUUCCAGCACUUGCAGCUGAAGGUAAAAAUAAUAACGGAGUAUAAGAUAUGGGUUCUUAUAUGAUUACUAUUGAAGGACAAGGAGAUAAGCCAGAUUAGCAGUUUAGCUUGAACUAACUUGCAGAUGAUGUUUUAAGAACAUUCCUUGAGGUAAAGAAGAAAAAUAAAAGACUUGAAAAUCAAGGUGAAAAGCGUAUAGCUUAAGAAAAGAAAGCUCAGGAUGAUAAAAUUUCAUCAAAUCCAACAACUACUAAUCAAUCUAUACAAGAUAAUUCUCUUAAUACAACUAAAAUCCUUAAGAAAUACAGAUUAAAUCUUGAAGAGAAAAGAAGACUAGAGAGCUUAACAGACUUUGAAAGAUAAGAAAGGAAAUAUGGAUUAAUGGCAAAGAAUGAUCCAGACUAUCUCAAUCCAGUUCUUAGUUAAAGAUAUAUAGAAAGAAUCCAAUUAAGCACUAACAUUGAUCAUAAUUUGCAUCUACCUAAUAUAAAACUUGGAAAUAAUUCUUUUAGAAAGCAUUAAAGCUAGAAUAAUCUAUGA